AUGUGUAGUGAUAAUUUAUGUUUUAAAAUAGUGAUGUGUUAAUCUGGAUUUUUUACAAACGCAAACACGAAAGUGGUAAUUUGUUAGAGCGUUUCGAAUGUUACGAGGAGAUGAGAGGGUCAGGGCGCGUGAGCAGUGCCCUUCUGCUGCCCAUCGCUCUAUUGUCGCUGCCAGCGCACGCGUACAACGCCACAGCAUACAAGGAGGAAUUAGAAUCAUCGCUACGCCUCGUCCACGCUGUAGCGACGGGUGCUACGGGCGCUCUAUGUGUGACACACCACUACGGACGGUUACGAGCGCCGUUACACGCUACGAGGUGGGACGCUACGAGAGCCCGGGCCGAUCUCGCUGCGAAUAUCUUGCAACAACUUGGCAUGGAUACCGCUGAUGUUCUUAUAGCGGUCUCAAGAGGGCUAGUGGUGGGUUCAAGCGCAUCAGAGAGAGUGGUUGGUGCUCGGGCGAUAGCAUUACGACCUGAUGGAGUAGUUAAUAAUUCUAUCGCCUGGGAAAAGUAUGGAGCAGAACCUGUCGCUGGUGUAACACCAUCACUGGAGAAGCCACCUGAUUCAGAAUUUCCUUGGUAUGUGUCAGCUCAUGAAAGUGACUCUCUUCGAUCACCGAAAUUCAUGCCGUCCUCCCCUGGAGCUGCAAUGGAGGGAUGGUGGACUUACCCAUACUACAGCUGUUCUGCAAAACGUUGGUUGCUGUCAUAUACAGUGCCUGUUUCUACUGUACGUGGACUUAAAGGAGUAGUAUCGUUAGACAUAGAUAUAUCCAGUUUGGAAGUGAAUCAGUGCGAGGCGUACGAAUAUGACGACAACCAAAUAUAUUCAUUCCACGGCACGCAUAAGUGCCCUAAUGAAACUACUUAUUGUGAAUAUAAAGCGAACCGCGAAAUGACCGCUCGUUAUUCGGGAUGGGCGCGUGGCUCAUACAUCUGUAAGUGCAGACCCGGAUAUUACUCAAUUCACCAUCCGGAAGGCUUCAACGGCUCACUCGUUGAAGUUGCAUAUCAAGAAUUUGAAGAGAACGGCGUAGACAUUUGGAAUGAGCCGUACGAAUGUUUGAAAUGUCAACCCGGAUGUGACUCUUGUCGGGGACCGGAGCCAUGUCUCGCUACGUAUAAUUGGCCGUUUCGGAUAUCUCUCCUAGUGAUAUCAGUGAGUUGUGCGGUAAUGACGGUAGUACUAACAAUCUACACGCGCCAUCAUAGACGAGUCAAAGUGUUUCGCGUCGCCAGCCCCGUCUUCCUCUCUAUCACUCUUCUUGGAUGCGCUAUCAUGUAUAUGGAAAUGGCCGCAAUCUUUCCAGUUCUUGAUAUGUAUUCGUGUAUAGCGACAAAGUGGACACGUCAUAUGGGAUUUUGUAUCACAUACACCGCGCUACUAAUGAAAACUUGGAGGGUCUCUCUAACGUAUCGCGUAAAGUCAGCGCACAAGCUAAAAUUAACAGACAAGCAGCUUCUCCAAUGGAUGGCUCCAAUACUCCUGAUCAUGCUGGUCUACCUCGGGACAUGGACUCUAUCUGCACCGCCCGAUGCCGAAGUGAUAACUGACAACCGAGGACUUAAAUUCAAACAAUGUACAUAUAACUGGUGGGAUCACAGUUUAGCAAUUGGUGAGAUUCUGUUCUUGUUAUGGGGUGUACGCGUGUGCUAUCGCGUACGUCACGCCGAAAGUCUAUACAACGAGGCUAGAUUAAUAUCUAUAGCCAUUUACAACAUCUUCACAGUCAAUUCUUUAAUGAUUGCUUUUCACCUUUUAAUUUUACCCCGAGCCGGUCCAGACAUAAAGUACUUACUGGGUUUCAUAAGAACCCAACUCUCCACAUCAACUACCGUCCUAUUGGUAUUUUUACCUAAGGUUUUACGCGUUGUACGCGGCACAGGAGAUACAUGGGAUAGCCGAGCUCGAGCACGUGGCGUGCCUGCCUCUUCUUCACUCAACGGGAUUGGACUAGUACCAGAUGAUCCACCCGAUCUUUACCAGGAAAAUGAACAGUUAAAGGAGGAGGUUCAGAAGUUAGCCGCCCAAAUCGAAUUCAUGAAGAUAGUUCAAAUGGAGAUGCACAAUCGCCACUUGCGACCAAAGCCCGGAGGAUACUUCAGCGCCAACGCGACUACCAUGCCUCAGAGUCCUAUGCACUCGAAGACACUCAAUAUUUCACAAGAGAAUACGGAGUGGGGACCCGUUUGACUGGUGGCGCUGAGUGAUGGCUGGUGUUGGCCUGGUCCGGCUGCGAAACGCGUACUUACAGCUGUAGACACUAGACCGCCUGCUUUUGUAUAAUUAUAUUAAAUUCAUAAAUGAGACCUAGAACAGAACUAUUUCUAUACAGGUCUUCCUUGUCUUGCAGAUUGCUUGAACAAUAACUGACUUCAACAUUUAAAUAACUAUGAAAUCUGAUUUAACUGAUUGUUAUUUAAUAGUCCAUAUCUAUAGAAUUCCUGGAUUGCAACAGCAGCUAGCUGUAUGAAGUUGACUUAAUAACAAAAUUACAGUAUGUUUUUAGGUCCCAAACAUGUAUUAUUGUUCUUGAAGACCAUAUGUCAUAAAUACCCAACACUGUCUUUAAGUCCAGCUACAUAUAGGCUUUUAGAAACCACUAAUAUAAUUGUAACUAGAACCUAACAAGCGAAAGGAAAAAUAAGUAACUUCAGAAAAAAAAUUUUGCUACACUGAAAAAUACUCAAACCACCUUUUAUUUUUAUCUCACCAAUAAAAAUUCUAGUCAUUAAAGUUGCCAGUAGUUAUAUAAGUUAGAUGUAAAAAAAAUAUAUAGAUAAAGUCAAAAGGCUGCAUAUUUUUCUUAUUGCUUUUGUUUCACUGUGAAGGUACCUUAGUUUUAGCCAAAUAGCAUAUCAAAAACAUUGGUUAAUAUUUUUCAACUAAAACUACUUUGCAAACAUAAUGUUUCAUGUAUGUUUACUUCCACAAUAUAUAUAAUCAAUUAUCAAUAUAUACAGCACUUUAAUUGGUUUAAGUACAGCAAUUGCUGUUUUUCUUAUGUUUUAUUUGUUAGUAAAAGCACUUAUAAGUUAGAAUAUCACCAUCAGAUCCUGUCAGAUCUGAGAUAAUAUAGAAAUAUUCAGACCAUGAGUGUUGUCAUCUAGACAAUAAAUUCAAAUAACUGUAUUAA